AUAUCUGCAGGUAAUUUUUUGAAUCACGUUACUAGUGUAACAAAAUCGUGGAGACAUGUUAAUUCGUAUCUAAAAUCAUAAGGAUUCAAGAGGAAAUGCCGAAACAAAAAUCUGGGAUAAAAAAUGAAUCGUUUGAAAUGGAAGAAAUAGAGAAUAAUUCACAUUCUCAUCCACGCCAUAGUGCCAAAAAGGCUACAAGGAGAAAGUUUAAUGAAAAGCAGCCUGAUAGUCCGAAAGCAAUUUCUUGUGAAAAGACUAUUGAAACAAAUGAAGGGAUUGGUAGCCAAGAUGGAAUCCUUGAAAUUAUUAUUUAUAGAACUGAUCGGCUCAAAGUGGCUUCCUCAACAUGUCAUUUAUUUGUUCGUGUUCACAUUAUGGAUACUGAAACAGAAGACUACAUAAAAUGUGACAAAAAAAUCUCUGGGUCUAUGGUAGAACAGUCGACUUACGUACUCCCGGUCAAAACAAAGCUGGUUAAUACAAAAUAUCAGGAUUUACUUAUGCCUGUUUGGGAUGAAAUAAUCAUUAUCAACGAACAUUUUCGCACUUUUGCCAAUAACAAAAAUGUUAUUUUGUUUUUUGAGAUUCUUGAUUCAAUUGGAAAUAUAUUUGGAAGAAGUAGCAGUGACAACGUCAAAACAUCUAGUGGGCAAAAUAUUGGCUCCCUUAUGACUGCGUGGGCAUUCCUUUUGCUGACGAAUUCCAAUGGUCAAUUAAAUACUGGUCCUAGAAAGCAACGAUUACAGCUUUAUGAGCCUAUUAUUAAAACAUCCACUUAUCCCCUAGAAAAAGUGGGGAACUUGGCAGUUGGGAAAAUGUCAAGUUUAAGUAUUUUGCAAAAGCAUCAACUGCUAGCAAACGCCAGCCCCAAUUUAUUGGAAGACAAUGCAGUUGAGUCAGGCUAUCAUUUGUUAUCAUGUUGGAAAUCUGGAAGCCGAUAUAGAGUACCUUACCCUUCAUCACUUUAUGUAACCGUCAAGGAAACCGUUAUAAAAAAGUCUUUAGAAGGGCAUUCAGACGACAAAAUGGACUCAAAUCAAAACAUUUUCUUUCAAACAAAACAGUCAGAAAUCUUUGUACAACCCAAUAUAAACAUAAGUGAGUCAGCCCAACAUAACAUUUUACUGGAGAAUGAAAGUAGUGCUUUGAAUGCUAUGAGUGAAAGUAAACCAAGUGAACUACAGAAGUCUUGGACUAGAAAAUCUCAUCAACCAUGUCGUAUUCCAAACAUACUUGUUGGCUAUGGGGUAACAACAUGUAUAAAUACAGAUGAUAAUUUCGAGUUUUCAUUAGAUAUGGAAGCAAAUAAAAAAUAUUGCACGUCGACAAAAUCUUCUGGAGCUCAGUGUUUGGCAUUUUCACCAGAUGGUAAAUGGUUAGCGGUUGGAGUUAUACGAAAUUUACUGCUGAAUAAUACAACUGGAACUCCUACGAAAAAUAAAACAAAUAAAAUGGACUGUUCUGUUCUAAUUUAUAAGUUUCCAUUCGAUAACAAACGUAGCCAGCCAAAUUUAGAGUUAGCAGGACAUUCAGAUAUAAUCUAUUCUGUAGACUGGGCCAAAACUCCUGUGAUCCAAAACCAUAAGAAUAAAUCUACUCAAAAAUAUUCCAGUAAAGAUUUUUCUAAUACAAAAAUAUUUUGGAUUCUAGCAUCCGGUUCAGCUGAUGGGACUGUAAGAGUAUGGAGAUUGCAAUUUAAUCAAGUGUAUGAAAAUUUUACCAAUGAUCCUAAUACUAAUAUACCUGUUCCAUCUGAUACAUCAAAAUCUCCAUUUCAAGUUGGUCAAAUCAUUAACGGAUCAUCUCACAAGAAAGGUAUUUUAUGUAAUGUGCUUGGUCAUCCGAAUUUUGUGUAUAGCGUAGCAUUUAAACCGAUAUCUAAAGAAUUGGCUUUGAAUGAUUUUCGAAUUCUUCAAACUUUGGUAAAUCGAGAUCAUCUACUUGCAACAGCAUGUUAUGAUCGUGUUAUUCGUUUAUGGAGUAUCAAACACAAUGAAACUCAAUUACUACAAGAAUUGAAUGGAGUACACCAAUCACAUAUAAAUAGUUUAACAUUUGAUACAGAUGGAUCACGCAUAUACUCAGGUGAUGCUUUAGGUCUGAUUGUCAUCUGGAAAGAAACAGAAAACCAACAACGAAAACAAGUUAAAUGUCAGCCCAAAUGGAUGUUUGAGAAAAAAAUUGAAGUUCGAGAACUAGAAAUGUGUAUAAUCAACCAUUUAGAGUUUCAUCCUACACUCAAUCUUUUACUCGUACACACAAGGGAUAACUGUCCAAAAAUGCUUGAUUUAAGAUCAAAUUUUAUCACAACACGAUUUCAUGGAGCAUUGAAUAAUACUGAAUUAUUACGUAGUUGUAUUUCACCAUGUGGUUCAUUCUUAUUUUCUGGUUCCGAAGAUCAAAAUGUUUAUGUGUGGAAUGUCAAUACAGGUGAUCAAGUUGCAUGUUAUCAGAAUUUACAAUUGCCAGGAUCUGUUACCUCAAUAAGUUAUCAUCCUAUGGAUAAUGUGAUAGCUUUCGCCGCUGUUGGACCAGACUCACCAAUUGCUAUAUACGCAUACAAUAUAAAAGCUAAUCAGUUGACAACAUUAUCUCAAAAAAUAAAUGAAGAAAAACUGCCAUUUUAUGAAGAGGAAUCGAACUACAUUGAACAACCACCUGAUAUUCUUGCAUCUCAUGUCAAAUUUAAACAACGUGAUGUUGAACGAGUAUUACUUGCAAUGUCUAAGCUAGAAAGUGUUCUGAACGUUUCCAAACCUUUAGCAAAAUAUCCUCAAAACAAUUUACAUGAAUUAGAAUGGAGACCAACAUUUACUGUAAUUGAUGAGGUUUCUGAUCUACCAAGUACAGUAGAUAAAUUGCAUUCAGUGAAGAAUGCUGCUAUCAGGACACAAACAUCUGAGAGUACCACAACUGUCUUCACAGCGCUAUAUGAUUAUCAAGCUCAAAGGUCAGAUGAAUUGAAUUUCAAACGUGGCGAUAAGUUGAAAAUAUUGUACAAAGAUACUCCUAGAUGGUGGAUGGCAAAACUGGUUACUACUGGUCAACAAGGAUUUGCACCAGCUAAUUAUAUCUCAGAAGAUAUUCAUGGUAAAGAUGAUAACAACAGUCAACAGCUCACUUCAACAAACAAGCACAAUCCAUCAAAUUUGUCUAAAACACAUUUAAAGCAUCUAGAUUUAUCAGAAGAACAAAUUCUUAGUAAAGUUAACAAUAAAUCUGGUUCAGUGAACAAUAAUAAUUUGCGUUUAUGGGAUUCUGGUUUGAUAGAUGAUAACAUCAAUUAUUCGAAAAAUUCACAAACUCAGUCUAAUUAUAUGGAUCUUUUUAAUACAGACAUGAAGCCUAUUACACUGAGUUCCGGUUCAAUGAAAAAACGUAAGAGUUCUGCAAGACCUUUACCCACGUUAAAUUAAGCAUUAAAAUGUAUUGUCUUUAUACCCUUCAGUAUUAAUAUUACUCUAUUUUCUUUUUUAAAUUGCUUUUCCUAUAUUAUCGAAGUCUAGUUGCGUUUUUUAAAACAAAAUUUAUUCUUACUACUUUUUUAAGGCAUGGGAAACAUGUGUAUUAUUUCAUUUAACAGUUGUAACAAGGAGGAAUUCAGAGUGUAUCAUGUUUAAGAAUAAACCAGUACAUUUAAAAUACAAAUUUAUCAGCACAUGUAACGAAAGAGCUUUAAUCUACAGGUUACUAAGUAGUGUCUAACAAGAUUCUUCAUAUCUCAAAUAAAAACAUAUUUAACCGACGGUGAAGCUGUUUAGUUUUGCUUUAUGUUAGUUAUCUAUGACCAAAUUGUGAUUACCUUGUGUUUAACGUGUCGAUGUGAUCCUUUAGAUUUUGGUCAAACUCCACAAAGCUUCUGUCUUACAUUACCCCAUAACUUUUCACGUCACAAACGCUAUUCAAGCGUACAUAAAGUAAAACGAACUAUAAUACAACGUGACCAAUGUUCAAGUGAGAGAGAACUCCAUGAUCACGACCGGAAGUAAUGUAUUUGGAAUUUAAAUCAAGCGCGAAAUAAUGUAUCAUUAAAUUGAUACUUCACGCAAAAACACAUAAAACAGUUUGUGUGACUUAGCAACUUCUAGUAGUUCAAUUAAAUGCCUAAUUGUUUACGAUAUGUAGCUACUUCAAAUAUUACGUGAAUCAAGCUAUGCUAUUUCCUAAGAGUCUUCCAUUCCCAAAUAUGUCAUUACUAGCAAGCAGUGUAGCUUUCUGGAUCACCAACUUCUAACUAAUAGGAUGGGUUAUCUGAUGGGGUCACUAAGAAAAUCAACAUUCAUCUAAAUGUAUUGGGUCCAUAUGCUACAUGUUCUGUAAAACUUUGUGCAUCGUCAAAACUUCUUACAGGACGGUACAAUUACAAUAAAAUAAGAAUCGCAAUACAGCUGAGUUUGGAACAUUGAUGAACACUAAAAUUUCUGGUCAAAAAUAGUGAGGGGUUAGUUUGUUGAAAUCUCAGUGUUGUGGGGGAUGAUUCUUUAAAUAUUAAAACGUAUAAUCUUUGUCAUUGUCUUUCAGAUAUCUGAAAAAAUAAAAUACUAGUUGAUAGUAAGAGAAAUGAUUGAGAUCCCAAGGGAUUAGGAUUCUGGAAAGGAAUCCAGAGAAGGUGUGUGACUUGUUAAGUAAAGAAUACCAAUAAUUUACAAUACAACUCAACAAUCACUCAAAACGUGAUUGUACUACUGUUUCCCAUAAUCAUUCUGUAAUUUCCAGCAUUUGGAUGCAAAGUAUAGUUAGUAGUUUGGCAAGUUAAAUUAUUCAAGGAAACUGUGUUAUCACAAAGACCUCUUUACAGACUUGCAAAUAACAGAAUCUGAGGAUUGACAAUAAAUUGAAAUAACUAUUAAGGAAUCAAAAGACAAAAAUUCAGGAAUGAAACCAGUUCGUAGUGUCAAUUUAGGCUCUCUUGGUGUCAGUAAAGCCGAUUGCCAUUUCUGGGAACUUUCUGUAUUAUAAUUGUCACAGUAGACCAAUCUAGGCAACUGCAAAAAGCAAAGAGAUUGAUGCGUUCUGUUCACUAUUUAUACAGGAAUAAACUAAUUAUUUUUUGGUCAACGGGUAGUUAGUUCUAGAUGAGUGAGUACCAAGAGACCGGAUUUCA